UGGGAUUCGGGGAUAAAUAGGGCCCCUCCUGCUCUAGAGCUUCACAUUGUCACAAUGGCUUUCCUCUGGCUCGUCUCCUGUCUCGCCUUCGUUAGCGCCGCUUACGGCUGUGGCGUUCCCGCUAUCAAGCCGGUGAUAUCCGGCUACGCCCGCAUCGUUAACGGUGAGGAGGCUGUGCCCCACUCUUGGCCCUGGCAGGUGUCCCUCCAGCAGAGCAACGGUUUCCACUUCUGUGGAGGCUCCCUGAUCAACGAGAACUGGGUUGUGACCGCCGCUCACUGCAAUGUCAUGACCUACCACAAGGUGAUUGUUGGAGAGCACGACAAGGGCUCUGCCAACACCGCUGAGAACAUCCAGUCCCUGAAGCCCGCCAAGGUGUUCACCCACCCCAAGUGGAACCCCUCCACCAUCAACAACGACAUCAGCCUGAUCAAGCUGGCCACCCCCGCCCGCCUGUCCACCACGGUUUCUCCCGUCUGUCUGGCUGGGACCUCAGACUUCUUCGCCCCGGGCAUGAAGUGCGUGACCUCUGGGUGGGGUCUGCUGCGUUACACUGCCCCCAACACCCCCAACAAGCUGCAACAGGCUGCCCUUCCCCUGUUGUCCAACGAGCAGUGCAAGACGCACUGGGGCAGCAACAUCUCCGAGGUCAUGAUCUGCGCCGGCGGUGCUGGAGCCACCUCAUGCAUGGGCGACUCAGGUGGCCCCCUGGUCUGUGAGAAGGACAACGUCUGGACCCUGGUCGGCAUCGUGUCCUGGGGCAGCAGCCGUUGCUCCACCACCACGCCCGCCGUCUACGCCCGCGUCACUGAGCUGCGCUCCUGGGUGGACCAGAUCCUGGCCGCCAACUAAGAGGCUGAUAUUAUUGCCUCCCCCCGUCCAGUUACCUACGAGCGGCUAUGAAGUAUUAUAACACCUCUACGGGCUGCAAUGAAAUGUUAUAACACCUCUUCGGGCUGCAAUGAAAUGUUCUAACACCUCUUCGGGCUGCUCUGAAGUGUUAUAACACUCAUACAGGCUUCAGUCAACAGGGCCUGGGAAAGCCACCUGCUGUUCGGAACUGGACACAACGUUCAAUAAACACCUUUGAAUGUC